AUGGACAUUUCUCAGAUUCAGGCACGUGCUUCGAAUUUGGAAGAGCAACGACAAAUGCAAGAGAGUCAAAAUAGAGCAUCAGAAGCCAGCCAGAUUGAUCCAAAACAUCGAGAUCCUGAUGUGGAAGUGUUAAGACCACCUAUUCAGCUGGAGUUCCAAGUGGAUGAUUGGGUAUUCUUGAAGAUUUCGCUUAUGAAGGGCGUAAUGAGAUUCGGAAAAAAGGGCAAGCUUAGCCUAAGGUAUAUCGGGCCAUAUCGAAUGAUCAAGGGAAUAGGUCAAGUAGCUUAUGAAUUGGAAUUGGUAACAGAAUUAGAAUCAGUUCAUCCAGUCUUCCACGUCUCUAAAUUGAGAAAGUGUAUUAGAGAUCCUUCCCGGGUUGUACCGAUUGAUGAUGUACAGAGUACAGAAGAUUUGUCUUGCGAUGAAGUUCCAGUCACUAUAUUAGAUCGGCAAGUAUGCAAGCAGAGGACUAAAGAAGUUGCCUCCUUGAAAGUUUUAUGGUGGAUCAAGAAUGUAGAACAAAAAAUAGGGGAGGCAGAAGAGGAGAUGAAGUCUAAGUGUCCUCAUUUGUUCUCAGCCGAAGGUUCUACGUGUGUAUGA